CUGUGACGGCAGCUGUCAAGCGAGCUCGGCUAGCAAGUCAGAAGUCAGGUCAGCACUCAGCAGUCACCGUUCAACCAGCGUUUUGGCAAGUUCGCGUCCGUUCUCAGUUCUUAGCGACGCGCGUGAAUCGUGAAGCGCGUCUUGACCGAAAGUGAAGCCCACAAAUCUGGAAAUAUGAAGCGCAACAACCUGUUCUCUUCGGUGACGUCAUGGGCGACCGUCGUUGUAGUUAUCUUGGCACUGGUCCAUGGUUCAUUGUCCGAUAAGGUGAUCUCCGUUCCUGCAUACUUCCCUAAUAUCAACAAUGACCUGACUCGAGUCACGUGGGCUCAUGCCGUCAACAGCCGAGCCAAACUUAAUGCUUCACUCAACGACGAUUCGAUGAUGAUCGAGGCUGAUAUACUGAUGGGUCAGCUGGAUGGAUCUCCGCCCGGCACCAAUCCAAUCCCCAUAAUGGGGCAUCCUCCCCAGACCACAUCCGAUCUGUCACUGGAAGAAUUCCUCACAACUAUCCUGAAAAGCGGCAAGCAUAAGGGCAUCAAGCUCGACUUCAAGUCGAAGGAGGUCUUCGCCAGCUCAGAGAAUAUUGUUGAAGAAGUACUCAACAAACCAGAAGCAGAUUUUCCAGUGUGGAUAAACGCAGAUGUGCUCCCUGGGCCGGGGAACAGUCCGGUUGUUCCAGUUGACGCCGACUACUUUGUCCGCACAGUCGUCAAAAAGUUUCCAUCAGCUAUGCUUUCGGUCGGGUGGACCACGUUCAUCAACAAUCAGAUCGAACCAUACACCCAUCAUGACAUUGGAAAUAUGACUGACGUUCUGAGCAGGAACUCUGUGAUCCAGCCAGUUACGUUUCCUGUGAGAGCAGCUCUGGCUGCCAAGUCUGGAGCCCUCCUAACCAAUCUUGUCAGGUCAUCCAUCCCUGGCACAUCGUUGACUAUCUACAACUCUAACAGUUCGGACAAAGUUGACAUGGCGGCACUCAGAGACUUGAUUCACGAUCUUGGCAAGGAUAAGGUCUACCUUGAUCUUUCGCCUGAAAUGAUGAAUGAGCUGAAUCAGAAAGGCACAGGCUCUGUCCUGAGUUCGGCCAGCGGACUUGUAUUUGCCAGUAUUGUUUGUCUCCUCUGCAUCAAUUACUACAAUUAAGACUCACCAGUGCUGUGAUAAUCAUUCGAACAUUUAUUUCAUUCACCAUUAAGCUGCGUUGAAUGCCGGUCCACACGCUCAAGUUUACAUCAGUCGAAGACGGAUCGUUUGGUUCAAGCAAAAGACGGAUGUAAAAUUGCGCUCAAACGCAUCAUCUUUUGUCGUCCGUUUUCCUAUUUUUGUGCUCACAAGCUCAGUAUUUUUUCGCCAAUUCAACUGGAUAAUGCUAUAUUUAACAACAUCAUGACAAUAAUAUUACUGUAAAUCGCAAAAUGGCUUUGUUUACAUGCCAUAUCUCGAGACACAGUGAUUGUAAAUGGAUUGAAAUUUGUAGAUAGUAUUCUCAUCAACAAUAUAGUA